AUGGAACUACAAGCCAUGUCAAGGGAAGGCAAAGAAGUUAAUAAGAUGCUGUCGGCAGAAGUUUGGCGAAUAAUUUCAUCACCUUAUCCUGUAUCUCUUAUGGCUCUCCAUGGCAUUCUUCUGCUAGACCAAGAUGGUGAAGCUUUUGAGAGAUUUGUUGUAGCAAAUCCUUGUAAGAUCAAACGCCUAGUAUCGUGUAUUCUAGCCGUUACUGCAGUUCGACCGAUCGACGCUGAUCUGCUGAGAGAACUUUGUCGGUGCGAAUACUUCCGCGACCAACUACUUCAGGAAUGUCCGGAGUUGCUUGAUGCGUUGCUUGCGAAAUCCGCAAGUGGGAAUGAACAGGCAAGUUAUACCGCUCUUUGCCUGCAAAUAUUAAGCCAACAGCUUCCCUAUAGUGUUGCACUUCCAGCAUCUGUCGAAAGCUUCUUCAUCGAAAUUGUAUCCCGUGCCAUUCAGGAUCCGAAUGCAAAGACACUGGUAGCCGCAUAUGACUUACUUACCGGGGCUUGCCAAAAACUAGCCGAGAUUUUACCAUAUAAUGAGUGGAUGACAUUUGAAGAUGGUCUUAUUCAAAUCGUCAAAGGCUCAAAGACAAUCCAAGAUCAGUCACUAAGCCUGCUCUGCCUCGGAAUACUCAAAAUUCUAGGCACAAGUUCGCUGAAAUCGGACAAUGGCGCUGAUUCAGAAGCAGCAGAAUUCUUUAAAGGCAACAAAGCAUCGAAAUCUGUUAAUCUGGCUGUGCUUCAGGCCGCUUGGGUCACUAAGACGGCGCACAUGGUUGUCAAGGCAAAUGUGCUUAGGAGCCUUUCCAUUGCAUUGAGCAUUGUUGAGCAUGUGCCCUCUUCGGUGCUGGACGCAUGGAUGCGGACUAUAGAAGGUCAGGCAUCAAUUUUACGCUUGAAGUCACGAUCUCAAGAUACAAGUCUUCAUAUUGACAUUCGUUUGAAAUUAAUUUCAUUGAUUUCCAAGAUAUUACGAUCGCAGAACGUACCGACGAAGCUCCUGCCCCAGAUAGAGAAUUUACUGGAUAGUCACGAAUUUUUGAGCGCAGAUAGCACCGUCUUUAAGCAUGCUAUGGAGGCAGUACUGUCUUUUUGCGUGAUACCUAUCAGCGAUUCGACCUAUGCUAGUAGCUUUCAUGUUGAAAUAGAUGGUAUUUGUGCGCCAAUCAUCCUCGCCGCCACUACCGCUGGAUCGGACCUGGCUGCAUGUAACGAUUCUCGGGACUGUCAAAUAACACUUCUUGCAGCAAGACAUUCGCUAGCAGAGGAACUCGCCGCGCUGUGGUUACUUUCAGCUGCUAGAGCACCCGAAACUAGCCAGAUUGAGGCCAGAACCAUGAGAUCUUUGCAGAUGCUUGGAGUUUUGCGUAGCGUAAAGGGUAAAGCAGGUUUCAAGUGUAAAGACACAACAAGCUUCAUGAAAGACAAAAUUCGAUAUUUUUCGAAUUUGCAACGGGUCUGGCAAGAGCAAACCCCUAUCAAACUGGCUGGGACGAUAUGCGAUGAUCUUGAAAAGCGUUGCGAAACUGCAGAAAAGCCAUUUCGUGAGACGAGUACACAAGUACAAGCCCUUCAAUACAAAUUAACCGACUUGGAGGGUCGUAACGACGAGCUGAAGCAGAGAAUUAGUGACCUAACCUUUCGGUUACAGUCCAAAGACGCUGAGACAACACAUGUACAAGAAGCACUGCAGCAAGAAAAUGAGAGAUUAGUUGAGCGAGCGCAUAACCUUGAGAUCGAUCUCAAAAACGCUAAAGAUACCGCCGAGCAACAGAUUCAGAACUUAUACGCCAAGAGCAGAAAGAAGGAACUCGACCUUCGCAUCUGUCUAAGUGUAAUGUCCAGCAUGCUCGAUGAAGCAACCUCUCUUGCCGAGAAAAUGCAGCGAAUUAAUUCUUUGAUUGAAACCAAGUUACAAGAAACUGAGAUCAGGCUGACUCGGAUAAUGGAGGAGCAUGAGAAGCUGAGAAUGGAAAUGAAGGAUAAAUCCCAAGAACUGCAGGAUCUGCGGGGUUCCGAUGAGUCCAUGAGGAACGAUAUUCUCAUCCUCACGCGUUUACGGGAAGAAGCAAUGACUUCAUUGGUUCGAGUUCAGCAGGACCUCGAUGAAGCCCAAAAACGCGCAGAACAGUCAUGUUUGGACCACGCAACUGCAAUUGAGAGCUUAAAAAGCAGAUUCCAGCAAGAUGCGUUGGAUCUUGCUGAAGAGCUGGGCAAAAUGCAGGAGGGAUUUGAGGCCGAAAACCACAAGCUGAAGGAGGAUGAUUGUCACUUAGCCUCAUGCUUGGAAAUUGAAAAGGCCAUGAAGAAAAAUCUUCAGGUUCAAAUUGAACAAGCAAAAUCAGAUCUACGCAGGCAGCAGAAGCGAGUCGCUCAAAUGGAGAAGACGAUCGCGGAACAGGAGGACGAAAUAGCUGAAUUGAAUGCGAUCAGACGAGCGAUUGCAGAAGCGGCUGAUGAAAUUCAGCCGUCCGAUACACUGUUCGAAUUCGGUUCAGCCGAGAACGACUCGAGGCCAAAGCGAGCAAAGCCUCACAAGCAGUUUCGAGUGCCGGUCAGCUGGCAGCCGCGUCACAGUGGCGCUGAGACACCGAAGUGUGUCAAGAAACGACCACGGCGUAUUCCACUCGCAGAAGUCUCAGCGGAUCGAAGAAAUCUGUGGCCCGUGGAAAAGUCUGCGACGAAUUAG